AUGGCUGCUGCGAUUGAUUCAAAUGGAAGUUUAAAACGCGAACAACAAGAGCAAGAUAUUUUGCAAGGUUCUGAGCCAGGAGCUGGGUAAAGUUCUGAAUAUCUCUUAUAAUACUUUUUAAGUGAUUUAUCUGACGUUCGUUAUAAUUAUAACUUAAGAUUUUUUAAAGUGGACACUAGUUUAAGGCCCGACUUUUGCCUUGCCUACCAAAUUUCACAGAUACAGUAUGUUCAUUUUGCUUCUCAUAAGCAAACAAUGAAUGCCAAUUACAAUACAGGGGAUCGGAACAGCUGAAUUUGAGUCGUAAAAUGUGCGCAGAAUAAUAAGGCUUAUAAGUUUCAUAAAUUCAUAAGGCUGUGCAAAGAUUUGCCUUACUUAAUUAUGGGUUUUAAUACGCAAACAGUAGAUUUAUAGUUUUAUUAGCCAAACAGCAAGUAAUGAUUUUGUCAAAGAAAUACCUUUUAUAAUAACAAAAUUCGUAAUACUGAAGUUAUUUCGGUUUAAAGUAGCAUAAUUAUUAUUUAUAUUAAAUAAUCAUUGGGUUUAACUGCAGAAUACCUUGCUACAUUGACAUAGCUAGCUAUGAAGUUGGAAAAAACUAAUUACCUAUGUGUAUUUCUCAUUCUUAAAAGUGUGCUCAAAAUGUGCCCCAAAAUGUCACUCUGUUAAGGUGGAAGGUGGAUUUCUAGUUAUAAUUUCCUCGUUAAAAUCCUAAUCCCAAGAGAGCUUUUGCUCUUUAAUGUAGAAUUUUAUUACAAACCAGCGACAGCCAACUUUUAAGCAGUUCUAUAUGUUGUACCACCUUAGGACUAAAAAAAAGUCCUGUCAAGUAGUCUGGGACAGGUUGAUUGUCUUGCUGGGGAAGUAACUUUUAAAAUUCACUUGCCCAAUAGUCAUUACGGAGCUUCAGCAAUGACGAUGGCGAUGGCAAGGAGGACAGGAAAAAACAAUAGGUUUAGAUUGACAAAACAACAACUUUGCAUGUGCAUCAUGCUUUUUGUCAUCGCUGCACGACUACAACAUGAAAGUCCCUAAUUUCACAUUUUGUUGAGGACGUGAACACACAUCAACGACUUUCUUUUUCUUUUCCUGAACUUUGGUACAGUUUUUUAGAAUUCAACUACAAAAAAAUUUGCCAACAUUUGACGAAUUAGACGAGAUGAAAUAAGUGCGAUAAAGAUUGAGGCAAUGUUAAUUAACUUUUUAAGUGACAUUUUUGUAGCUGUCGCCGUCGUUGUUGCUUAAACUCCCUAUUCUCCAACUAAAUCAUUAACCAAGACAAGCAAGAAGUGGUCCCAGGCAAGCAAAAUGCGAGAACGUCUUGCGUAAAGGACCAGCUUGAAUUCAAGCUUUUUUUUUUUCGCGCUCUGCACCUGCUUGUAUGGUUUAGCUAUUUUUAGACAAAAACUGUUCUCAGGUUAAGCUAGAAUUUCUUUUGUCUCCUAUGCAACUUGCCCCUAUGAUGUUUCUCAAUUAAGUGGAUACUACACAUAAUACAACACAUACUAAAAUAUAACUAGUUAAAACACGCACACACAUGCAUGAAAAUAAUUUAUUUAUAAAGUAUGGGCAGAUCAAGUAACUAGGUCAAUCUAGCAUUUAAUACUGUGAAAGGCAAUUAUUGAAGAGAAAAUUCUUGAUUCUCCUACAUGUUAAUAUAUUAGGGUCAGGAAAAAGACCAGUUUAAUCUUAUAAUGGAUUUCAUCUGCAACAUGGCCACUGUUUUUAGUAAACACAAUGAAGUGGCAGGGUAUCCUACAACUGCUCUUUGUUUUCUGUUUGUAGCUCAGCUGAGAAUGAGCCACUCUUUUAUGUCCAGUCUGAUGAAGAAGUUGAUGUUUCUGUGGAUGAAAUCUACACUGAUCCGGAGUUCAGAGCAUCAGCUCAUUCAGAUACAAGUCUAGCAUCUACAGGGGUCAUAUCUAGCAUUAGUAGCCAUGGAUCACCUGAGCCACCAGUAUUUGAACUGAAUGAUGUUGGGUCACCAGCAGAUGAGGUAGUCAACCAGGAAGAGAACUUUCGUGCGACAUUUCAUAUUGGACAAAAUUAUAAUGAUGAAUCAAAUAGUGCUGAUGGUCAAGUUAAUGCUAAAAUGGGUCUACUGAAAGUGGAGGAGGAACAAGAAGGUAUGUUAUGAGGAACCAGAAUUUGGAUCAGAUGUGUCUCUUAACAAUAGACCAUUGUUGAGAAAGCAGGGCUUGAAAUUAAAAAAAAUACUCAGGUCACCUUUUGGCGACCAACUGGAGAUGCAAAUUUUUAGUCGCCAGUUUGUAUAAUGUAAAGGAUGCAGGUCAUAGUGGGGCGUGACAUAUCAGAUUUGAUUGUUUGAAAAUAUUGUAGACAGAAGUCGGUAAAAAUUUGAAGUUCUCAAACACAAAAUUUAUCAAUAAGUAGCCUGGCGCAGGUAUGUAAAGUUGUCCUGUAUGCUUGGGAUCAAUGUUCUGGAUCCACUGGCAUGCAACUCUUGUUUAAUGGUAUAGCUGCUAACUUUUUUUUAAGUCAAAUGUGUGACAUUUUCAUCUUGUCAUACUGGGAUUUCCAAAAACAUCUCAGCAACUUGUAAAGAUUUCUGACAAUUUUUCAAGGACUUCUAAACAUUAUGGAAAGUUUGCAAAGAUGCUCCAACAAUCUUUGAGCACUUCCAAAGCUAUUUAAAAGGUGACAAUUUUUCAUAAAUAAUAUAAACAUGCAAUGGCACUGCUGAAGUGGUUCAUUUGAAUGGUUGCAUUUACUAAUAGAAUUUUGUCCUUGAAACAAGUAGCUGGUGCUAAAUUAACAUUGCAUAUGUUACAGGUCAAAAUUAAAUUCAGGUUAAAAUUUUUUUACCUAGGUUGAUUCUCAAUUUUCUUGGUUUCCUAAUCCUAAUUCGUGAAAAAUUGGGGCUAGGAGACAAAGGAAAUUGAGAAUCAACCUAGGUUAAAAAAUUUUAACCUGAAUUUAAUUUUGACCUGUAACACAUAUCUUCAUUAUUAAACCUAGUAGUGAAAAGGUCACUUCAUAACAGUGUUGAGAAUAUGCUGUUUUUCUUUAGAGGCUCGUAAAACAAGAGCAGACAGUGUGCGGGAAAUCAGCAGAGACUCAUCUGUAGAAGGUUGGCUUAGCAUUGAUUCUUUGUUCAUUUACGCUGAAUUUGAAUUGUGCUUGAUUUUUUCUCUAGUGUUGUAAGUGUAAAUUAAACCUCAAAGAUUACAUUUCUACAGCCGGUCAUGGAAGUUGUUUUUUCUUUCUUUGCCCUUGUUUUUCUCUGUACAAAACUUUCCUUUUUUUCAGAUGUAAAUGAUCCUAAGUGGACUCUACACAAGAAGCAUGUGUUUGUUUUCAGUGAGGCUGGCAAACCUAUUUACUCUAGGUGAGUCAGCCUUGGUCUGGUUUGUUGCUCUAAUGUAGAAAUAUGAUCUUAUUGUUACAAUGUUUGUUCACUUUAGUCAAUGGUUGACUCCUACUUGAGACUAGUAGUAAGAGUGGCCAAGUUAGAAAGCACUCACUUUUAUGCGGCCUAAAGUGUAUGUUCGUGUCCCUCCAUCUACACCAUACAUGAAAAUGAAUGUGUUGAAGCUUUUAGUGUUUUCCUUGGUCUUUUUGUUAUAAAAUCUAACAAGUAUUGUUAAUGUAAUAUUUAUCAUUUUUUUCAAAUGUAGGUAUGGUAGUGAGGACAAGCUUGCAACACUGAUGGGAGUUAUGCAAGCACUAGUGUCUGUUGUGCAGGACGGAAAAAAUACAAUAAGGUUAGCUUAAAGACAAGUGCUGCUGCAGCCACUGCAUACUUUUAUUGUCAAUUCUUUGGCUCAUUUGUAAGCUAAAUGAAUUCCUGAUAGAUAUACAUGUAAGGUGUUACCCACGGUCUGGUACAUAUGUAUAUAUAUAAUUAUUUAUAUAUGCCUGGGUUUUAGCCUGAAAAUUAUAAAUGCACAUUGAAGACAGACAUCUUGACUCAAGUCAGCUGUUCUAAAACUAAGGAAAAAAACAAGGUUUCACUUAACUCCUAGGUUCAAACCAUUUAGUUGUAUACACUGUAACUUUAUGUUUGAUCUCUGCUCACACAGUGUUUCUAAAAAGCAAUAAAUAAACAUCAGCAAAGAUUUACCUAUACUACAUUUUGUGUGUGUAAAUAUUCUGAUUUCCAUUCAUCAUAUAAACAAAAUUUCAUAAGAGUAGAAUAUUGCAAGGAGGUACUCUUAAAACAGACUUGUGUCAGACUUGUGUUAAUUAGUAGAAUAAUUUAAUUUAAGUUCAAUAUUGAUGUUAUUCCCUUAUUUUCAGAUGUAUUAUAGCAGGAGGCCACAAAUUUGUAUUCGUAGUUAGAGGGCAUAUCAUUCUUGUGGCAGUGGCAUACACACAGGAGUCGGUUACUCAGGUAUGACACUAUUUAUUGUUGAAUUUUAAUAUUACUUGAGGAUACUUACUUAAGGAAGUGGUUACAUCAUGUUGCCUUGGUUGCCAUGGUUUCUGGAUCUCAACAAACUGUGGUCUUGCAGAUUAUUAUGACUGAUAAUAGCAAAAAGGUUGACAUGUACGACUUUCCUGUGCACAAUUACACUCGGAGACAGAAUGGUAGCCCAUACUUUUCUUCCAUCAUUCGACAAUGCAAAUGGCUGUCUCUGUCAAAAAAGAUUGUUGUGAUCCAGAACUUUUGCUACCAUGGUAGCCUGAUGUCACACUCCUCCUCUCUAUACAGGUUGACUAUUUAAUAUAGAUUUGACAAACCUAAGAGUCUUUCAAGAAAUUAAAAAUGAAAGUGACUGGUGAAAGAGCAAAAUAAUUAUCCCAUGACAGGUUGACCUCAUAAUGUCUGUACCUCUUCGUAUGCCAUAAGAAAGGAAGUAAAAGACCGAAAUUCUAUGUCACACAGUGUAUCUCAGGGUAAUCUCAAUGCCAAGCAGAGUAGCAUGCCGAUACUAACCAAUUAGGUGGCGAUUUUUGCCAGCAGCCGCUACUUUUGACAACCCUGGUAUCUGUUGCACUAGUACAUGUAUGGUACAUCAAAGAAACAUUUUAAUAGGGGUGAAAACUAUUUAACAAUUAUUCCUUGAGCCCAAAUGGGCACUGAGUCAAUAGCCCAUGAGGCCAAAGACCGAAUGGGCUAUUGACUCAGAGGCCAUGAGGGCGAGAGGAGCAAUUGUUUUAGUAAAAUCCAACUAGCUGGUCAAAAAUAUCAAGACAAAACAACUUUAGCUGGGUAAAGCUAGACUUUAAUCCUUUUUUUGCCCCCAAAAAGCUGGCGCUUUCGCUACUAGUGGGCUAUAACAUAUAACCCAGUAGUAGCUUAACCAAUCAGAACGCAGCAUUGAUAAUAGACCACUAGUUGGAUUUUACUAAAGAAAAUUAGUCUUUGGGACCUUGGGAAAGGUGACCUGUCUGCUUAACCCUUUCAGUCCCAAGAGUGAUCAACAUCAAUUUUCUCUUAACUACAUGACUGUAUAUCAAUACACCAAUAAGAGAAAAGGUUAGGAGAAUUAACAAAAUGAUGAACAAAGGAAAAAUGCUUUGAUCUUUUAUCAAGUUCUCUCAACUAAUUCUGUAAGGCUAUGUAUGGACACUAGUGGGGAGAAUUUGGUUUUGGAUACUGGGGCUUAAAGGGUUAUUAGAGGGUGACUGCUCAAUAAAGGUCGGCUUAAUAAUCCAGGUUUGACUGUACAUGUGGUUCAGGGUGCAAAGAAGGUCAGUUUUACAGCCUGCCAUUCGGGUAAGCUGUAGCCAGCAUGUAUUAGUCCACAAGUCACUUCAACUAGCCCCCAAACCCUUUUUGAUUAGCAGGAUUGAUUACAAUCCUUUUGUAAAUUGAAUUUCCCCAAAAAACAGCACUUGCCUGAUAGCAAAAUCCACUAGCCCCAGGCUAUCAGACACGACUUUCUUUUCACGCUGUGGUUACGUGUAAUUCAAGUGCACUUCAUAAAGGUAUUUUCAUUUCUUACAUACUAGGCAUUGUUUCUGUUUUUCUUUCAGUUGGUGCUGCAGCUGUCCUAUGUUUAUAAUCAAAUCCUUAGUGUUUUAACUUAUACCCAGUUAUCGAGAAUAAUGGAACAAAGAAGAAAUUAUGAUCUUAGAAGGCUCUUAGCCGGUAAGAAGUAACUACAGUACUGUCACUGGUAGAUGUUGAUUAUUCAAACAAAAUUUAAGGAGUACAAUAAUAAUAUUAUUUUAGUAAUCAUAGCUAAAACAAAAUUCUGUAAUUGGAUUGGCUAUCUUCAUUCCUGGUUUCAGCAUUUAUACACUGUAGGACAGGGUUAUAGGAUGCUACUGUAUGUGUCAUACCCAAGUAAUUGGACCGUAACAUGCCAUUAGCUGCACUUGAAUGGGAUCUUGUUUUUUCAGGUUUAGCAAAACAUUAAAAUCCAUUAAUUAGGCAAACAAAAUUGAAUAAUCACAGAUCUUUUUUUUUUUCUUAGGUUUAGUCAAUUUUACUGGUAAAAACUCUUGUUAAAAUAAUAAUAAAAGCAUUAUUUUUCUGCAUCCUGGUAAUCAUCCAAUUUUUUAAUUAGCCAAACAAAAUAGAAAAGAUACUAUCACAGGACUUUUUGAGAUUUUUUUUUCCAAAUUUACUAUGUUAUGUUUUCUUAAACCCUUGUUUUAAUUAGAUUUUAAAGCUGGUAACAGAACUUCAAACUUCAAACCAGUGGUUUCUUCUCAAUCAAAAUUUGUUUAAACACAAUUUGUUUGACAUUCCAGUGAUAAAAUUAUAAUUAUUACUGUUUGUAAUAACAUUUCUUGAAAACCACACCCUAUCGGGCAGUGCAUACCUAUCUAGCCCAGAUAUGAAGGUAACUCUCCCAGGAACAUGUUAGUGUUUCCAGUUCUCUGUUUUCAAAUCAAACUUUGAACAGAGAAUUGAUUUGUUCGUAAUAACAUAAUUUUCCUUCUCUUUUUCAAAUCUUUAAUGGAUCAUGAGCCAAGUUUUCUUCUAGGAUCUGUAAGUAUAUGUAUUUGGCUGCUAGUUGUUAACCCUUUAAGUCAUAAUAGUGUCCAACAUCAAUUUUCUCCUCCAUAAUAUCCAUAUUUUUUAAAGAAAUGGUUAGACAAUUUGAAUAAAAUGAUCAAAAGAGAAAAUAUUCUGAUCAUUUUAUUAAAUUCUCUCAACAAUUCUUUUGGCAAGAAAUGGAAGAUUGUUAUGGAGAAAAUUAUAUGGUCAACUAUUGGGACUUAAAGGGUUAACGAACUAAACUUGAAUCUGAAAGUUCUGUGUUCUUGUACAGCUGUUAUUUACAUAAAAUGCUAUAAGUUAGUUGCCACUAAGUUAUCAGACAAAGAUGACAUAGAUGUCAUCUAGAGCCUACCACUUCUUCUUGUUCUGUUAUAAUAAGAUGUGAACACUGUUGUUGUUUGUUUAGGUGAGGUGUCUACCACUUUCUAGUUCUGUUAGGGAAACCAUUGGUCAGAGUAUGCUUCAAGCAAGAGUUAAGGUAAAUAGAAACAGGAACAGAAAGUUAAAAGCUAAAAGAAGAAAUAGUUAAUAAUAAGAAAUAAUUAUUUUGAAGCUUGAGGAAGAUACAAAAAAAACACAGGAAAUUCAGAAUGUUGGGAAUGUAAGGCGAAGAAAUAACUUGACUCUCAAACAAGAGUUGAACCCAUAAAGGAUAGUUUACACUAGCGAUGGAGACAGAGUCAUUGUAUAAUCAGAAUCGUAAAACUUUAUGAGUUAGUGAAAACUGCAUUCUGAUUCUGCUCAAUGUGAAUCCGUCACUUACUAUCUGGUGAAAACUAGGUUAUUGGAUUUGCAAGCAGAAGCAGAAGAACUAAACCAGUCACAAAGAGUGUGAAUGAGCAUUGUAAUUGAUUGGUUUCUCCUUGAACCUUCUACCUUCUGCUUGCUACAUUGAUGUACUUUGACAAUCUGGUUUUCACUAGAUCAUAAGCAACAGCUUCAUAAACAGAGUCAAAUGAAAAUGGAAAUGUUCUGAUUCUUCCGACUCUGAUUCUGUCAUGUUUGUGACUCCACUUGUGACUCCGAUUUUUGAUUUUCACUAGGACAUAAGUUCUCAUAUGAGUCUGCUUAUGACUCUGACUCAGACUCUAUCACUGGUGAAAACUAGCUUUAAGUCUUCAAACGUCAUUCUGUCUCUGUCGCCCUUAAACUUACCAAGAAUCUGUCAUGGGUUUGUAUACAUACUGGAAACUCAGUAUUAGUUCUUUGUCAUUCUUGCAACAUGCCUCAUAUACAUUCUUUUUAAAGUAAAGGCUGUUAUUUUUCUUGCCUAAUUUUUUACAGGUGGAAUAUGGAAAUAUCAGUAUAUCUCAAUCUUUUUUUCUACCCAGGAUUACUUCUUGCUUGUCUUAGUUGAGGUGAAGUUGCACGGGACGAUUCGCAAUGACGAUUUUAGUGCAACACGGCGUUCCAAUGUUGGAACAAUGAUGUAACUAAUCGAAACAAUGUCGCAACAAUGUUGCAUGACUUUUUUGAGCUACAAAAUCGUCGUUGCGAAUCGUUUCGUGUAACAUCACCUUUAAUGAUUUCAGUAGAGGAUGACUUGCCUGGGCUAAGUAACUUAAAAACGUUUUCUUGCCCAGCAAGAAAAUUGCUGUGGACUACUGGACGAGACUUUUUUUUGCACCCUUAUACUUUUAUAAACUUGUUGCUAUUUUUUAAAAUAACGACCUUGCCAGCCCUUAGUCUUCCUUUGGUGCAGUUGGCUAUACGGUGCUUGGGGCAGAUAUGAAACUUGGGAUGGGAAGGGGGGUCGUUUGCUCUCUAUGACACCCUUCGCACUCCAUGUACUUUCCGCUUCUUGCCACUAAAGAAUCAUAAACUGAGAUACAAUAUUAACUCCCCCAAUCAAAUCCUAGAUCAUCCCCUGUUUUCUUAAACUUAAAUUCUCCUUCUUUUCCCAGGACUUGGUGUUUGCUAUAUUGGUUGCAAAUAACCAGUUAGUCACAUUGAUCAGACCCAAGAAAUACAGCCUACAUCCAUCAGGUAUGUAUGGAAGGAAAGUCUCCUCUUUUCGCUUUUCUUCCCCUUUCCUCUCAUAAACGUGUGAUACUACAGAUCAAGCUAUGGUAAACAAAGGCCUAUACUACAGUAGCUCCUUGCUAAUUGCAAUCAACCAAAAUAUGCACAGUUUUACUUUUCAGUGGUCGUUGAGAGUAAAUUAGGGGGUUUGGCAUAUGAACUCGCGUUUUCAAAGUGAAUUCUUUCUGUUCAGAAACCUCCGGUAAUAAUUCCAUAAUAUUAGUGCAAUUCAUGUAUAUGAAAAGUUCUCAUUAGCUUUCAGCGUAUCUUAAGAUCUUGUAAAACGUCGGUUUUGUGAGUGAAAGCUUACUGGGCUUGCGCCUUUUAAUUCUCAGUCUGAAAUCUUAGGGUUAAAUCCUUUCAGCACAUGGUGCUGUUUGCUUUUACGCACCCUCACAAAGUACACUUGAAAUUCUCAGUAUUUUAGAAGUCUUUGGGUUAGAGGGAUUGUGUCAAAGCUAACAUGAACGUUUUUUUUUUAAGUCAUCAGUUUUUUAAUGAAAGAGGCACGAUGAAAAUUAAAAAUUCAAAGAGCUUUUUUAUCUUUUGUCCGGUACGUCUGUGGACUUGCUUUGUUUGUUUGUCGUGAAAGCAUGUGUACGUGUGAGAGAUUCUUUAAAGUCAUGCGAGAUCGUUACUUGUUAACAUUAACCUUAAUUUUUGUUUUGUUCGUAGAUCUUCACCUUAUCUUUAAUUUAGUGAGUGCGUCAACAUCUUUUCAAACUGCAGAGUCGUGGACGCCCAUUUGUUUGCCUCGCUUUGAUAAUAGGUAACGUCAGUUUAAACAUGUGCAGUGAACAUUGCAUUUUUCUUGCCCAGAUGGAAUGUUUUUUUUUUUUUAAAAAAGAAGGGAAAACCAGAGAAUAGCUCUCGGAGCAAGGGUAGGAACCAACAAUAAACUCAAUUUACAUAUGCUGUCGCUCCUGGGAUUUGAACCCAGGCCACGUCGGUGACAGGCAAGUGCUCUCAAGCUUACCGGUCGUUUCGCUGCAAACUGAAGUCGCUGGGAAACAACUUGUAGCGAAACGACCGGACACCGCUCUCACCACUGUGCCACUCUGGACUGUUCACAGUCCCCUAUUUUUUCUUAAGAUUGUCGAAAUUAUCGCUCGUUCUUCGUUCGACGAUCUUACGGAAAAAUAGCGCAGUCUGGUACAUCUAGUCCCCUCCCCCUGCCAGAAAAACGGAGUGGUUUUCAUGUUGAUCUUUUGUAAUUUACCUCAGGGGGAUUACUUGGGUAUGAAGUACCAGAAUGUUAUACUGAUCUACUUCACAUUGCCCCACGGAAUCCGUAGAAGUUUCUGGAAAACUGACCCCAACCCUCCCUUAACCCAGCGUUUAUUUCUCAGUAAGGGCAAAAUGUUGGGUCAGGGGAAGGGAAGGUGGGUAAUUUCCGAGAAUGUUAUAAUGAUCUACUUCCUCUUUGCUCUAAGAAAUUUGGAUAAGAGUCUGGGAAACUGCCCCCCCCCCCCCUCCCCAACCUUCCCUUAACCUAACGUUAAUUUCUCACCAAGGGCAAAACAUUGGGGUAGGGAAGGGGAAUUUGGAGAUUUUACCAAAAUGUUGUACUCGUCUGCUUCACGUGUUAACGCAGAUGAGCUCGUUUCAUGUUGUGUUACGCUCGUUUAAUACUUGUUUUGUUUUGACUUUUCUUUUUCAGUGGUUAUCUUUACGCUCACAUUUCAUAUCUGGAAGACAAUUGUCCUGCCUGCUUGCUACUCCUUUCUACUGACCGUAACGCGUUCUUUGAGUUAGCGGGAAGUAGACAGAAAACUCUAGAGGUAAGAACGGUCUUUGAGGUGUGAAAGUUUGAAAAAGGUGAUUAAACAGCGCCUGGGUGCUAUUACACACGACACGGAGAAGAACCCCGCCCGUUUCCCAUUCGCCACUCUAGAAAUGAUAAGAGAACUGGAGCCGAAAUGCUUCCCGCAAUUGUUUCUGGGAUUGUGACUGGGGACGCGCCGGUCAGCUAUCGGUCAAUUUUUUUUCCCUCUCUGGUAACAUACCCAGAAGUCUUUGCGAAAGUUAACCCGACCCAGUUUCCCCGUUCUACAGUUGUGAAUUUUCUGAGAACGUGUUUUAUGAUUUUUCAGCGUUUGAAGAGAUACAGGUGUAUAGAGGCCAUUAACGAGGCUGUGGCGAGGAAGAGUUAUAGUAGAGGUAAUCGUCUUGUUUGUUUUGUGUUUUUCUCCUUUUCUAAGUUGGUACAAAAAGGGAAUUUUGAGCGGCCUCUUAAAUACAUGUGUGUUAUUAGGCUAGUAUCCCUGGAAAAAGGGCUGGGUUGUGCUGAAUUUAUCCUGGUAGAGGACAUUAAUGUGGCAAUCCUGCGAUUUGAAGAAUGGUGACGCACAAAACACUCGAUGCUAGCAUUCAAGGACCAGUGCGAACACAAGUAAAUUUUGUUCUAUUCGAAAAAUUUUCUAGCAAGAGGUUGCACUCAAAAGUGAGAUAGGCUUUCCUAUGCUGGACGUUAUUAGCCAGUCGAACAUACCUUUGGUUGUAAUUGAUUUCGCGUUUCGCUCACACAAUUUUUUUGUUUCAUUGUAGAUCAAGUUGGAAUUCCAGAGUUGUAUCAUUUUGUUUACAAGUCGAAAAGCACAGCACAGUACACUUCCCCUGAACUAGAAGCUCCUUACGUGGAAGCAGAAGAGCAAGAGAGGUACCCUUGCUUUUACACAACCAAACCAUGUAGCUUAUUUGAGUUUACAGUAAAUGAAGAAACCUAAGUUAAGCAUAUAAAUACUGUUUUUAUUUUAUUCGCAGACUCUUUGGUUUGUAUCUUUACCUUCAUCAUCGGAUUCACUCAGCUGCUAGGCCUUUGAAAAUAUUAUGUCACGUAGGCACACGAGAGAUGCUGUUGGGAUGGGUACGUAGGGAAUGAGUUCAAUUGAUUAGUAGACACAAUCACCCUCAAUACUGAUGGGUAAUAUCGCCACAGAAGUCUGUGCACAAUUUUCAAACUUGGAAGUGAUUGUAGUUUUCACCUUCUUCUCACAGUUGCUUAUUAGCUCGAAUUAGUGGUCAAGUUAGAAUAACACAGAAUCAAGUUUGAUCAUACAUGUAUAAACAUCAUACUGCGCGGUAUAUUCCAGUUGAGUAGCAGGAUUUUAUCCAGCCACUUUUAAAACUAAAACAUCCUAUGCGUGUAAAGCAUGUUAAAUAGAACUAAUCGUUUCCUCGGUAGAGUGUUGUAGUAGUAUAAUAGGGAUGUAGUUAUCCUGUUGUGUGGCUUUUAACGUAAAGGUCUGACUGACUGGUGAGCUGUUAGGCUGAUUUAGCAACAGAACGGGAACUUCCGACAGCGCGCGCUUUCCCGUCGUCAACUGACGUUCAAGUCCGGUUGCUAAAUCAGCCUAUUAGGCAGUUUAAGCAGCGACAUUUUUGUUCGACGCUUGUCAACCCGAAGUGAGGUUUUUUCUAUUUUAAUUUGCCUUGACGCUACCAAAUUUGUAUUACUAAGAGUCUUUACCCUUAUAGAGACGAUUUGCCUGAAAAUGUGUUUAAAAUCACGGCUUAAAGACUGCAAAAAGUCCACUUCCGGUCGACGUGCGUCGCUCAAAAACGUCGCUGCUUAAACUCCGUAUUGUUUCACCGCCACCGCCACCACAGUACUGUCACCAUUACUGCUGAUAGGUAUUGUGGAGGUGUUGUUCGUGAGGAGUAAGUGACGGAUCAUUAAAAAAGUGAAGGAGUGAGGGUGGGAAAAAACAUAGCUGAAAAAAUCCGUUGAAAGAAGUACACAUAGUCAGAAUGGGUAGGGAAACAACUUACAAGCUAAGGAAAAAAAAACGGAAAAAAAGGAGCAACAAUAACGACAGCAAUGCAAAACACGCACAUAUGGCGUGUCGAAAAAAAUUAGGUGCAAAGCAACCCCCACCCUGCAUUUCCUCCUUUUUUUAAUUGUCCGUCCCUAGAGUGACGCAUUAGUGAAAGCAAUCGCCUUUCGCCAGUUUGGCCUGGGUUCAAAUCCUGGCGUCGACGCCAGAUGUGUAAUGAGUUAGUUGUUGGUUCUCUCCCUUGCUCCGAGAUGUUUUUCUUCGGUCAGUUCCUUUUUCCCUUUCCUCAAUUUGAUUCCUUUGAUCCGGGAUGCGGGACGAAGAAGCAUGUUUUGGGUGUGCUACUUAUAAAUUGUUACAUUGAUCCGUUUAUUUGGGUAGAUUGAACAAAAAGUUCAGUGAUUUUCAACACAAACAUCCACCAAGGGUUGAUUCUAUCCGCGCUAUACUACUCGAUUUAUUUGUCGAAGUUAACUAUGAUUUCACCUACAAUAUCGCAAGGUAGCGGCCUCCUGUGCAGUAUCAUUACUCGUAGCUUUCAUUUAAAUGACCGCAUCAAAUUCAAUUACCAGUCUCAUGAUUUUUUUUAUCGUUUUUUUUUGGCAGGUAACAUCAGGUUUUGAGUUGUAUGCAGCUUUCAGUCCGCUUGUCACUAAACCAGAUGCCAUAAACGCCAUUAACAAGCUUUUGAGAUGGAUAAAGGUUUGUGUUGUUUUUCAUUUCCUCGAUUCUCUUCACCGUCAGUGCUUAACAAUUGUUUUUCUCCUUCCUUCUAUUUUUAGCGCGAAGAAGACAGAUUAUUCAUUUUAAGCUCUCAAGUCUUCUAAAGCAGCACGUUCUGCCCCGUACAGAAAUCAGCUCGGACGCCGAAAGUGUGGACUUGCUGGGUAAACGUCACUUUCCUGCAAGUUCCGAAGGAGCACAAGAGAUCAGUAAUGGUGUGGAACCGAGAAAAAUCAUUUGAAAUAGCAUUCGUACGCAAACUCUGUAAACUUUACGGCCAGCGGGGGAAGGGCCAGUACAGACAAUGGGGACAUCAAUAUUCCGGUGAUAACAGUAAGCUUGUUUUCAUAAACUUCGAAGUAAACCUUUGACACGAAAUGGUAUCUGGUCUGUGGAAAAAAAAACCACCUUGUGUGAUUGACAGUAACGGUUAAAACAGCGAUUCAUUGAUAGUGACAGUUACUUCCGGGGGGGGGGGGUAUUCCCUAUAAUGGCCCAUACGAGGAAGGUUCCGCCCGAAAUGUGUACCUUUUUUUGGGCUUCAGGUAUAUGAAAGGGUAGGGAAAUCUGUCAUUUCAGUCUGUAAAAUGACCUAAAAGGGCUAUAGAAAAAUGUUAUGCCUGUGAAGAAGUCGAUAAAAUUUUUCUUUUUUUUAUUCGUAUUUAAAAGACAGUGCAUUUAGAGCAGUAAAAAGGGAUGUACAGUUCUAAACUAGGUAUUUGAAAGGGGUACAAUUUGUCAAUGGAAGGUAUACGAAAGGGAUGACUUUUCUGUCAGAAAUGUAGACUGCGAGGAGUCUUUUUUUUUCCUUCAGAAUUAGUAGGAGAGUACACGCGCGCGAGAAACGAGGGCGUGAUCAUUUGCGUGUCUCGCGCGUUUUGCUCAAGGGACCAAGAAAAAAGAGAGACUGCUCGUAGUCUAUCAAAAAUCGUAUAUAAAAGGAAAGGGGUUGGACCUCGGGGCGGAGCCUCCUCGUAUGAAACUUUGUUGAGUAUCCCCCCUCCCCCGGGCAGUUAUAAAACAACCAAUCAAAAGUGUCGAAGUUUUUGGAUGUCCCGAGGGUCUCUCCUGGCACUGAUCACCCGCUGAUCUUAAAGCCCGAGAACCCCAGGAACAGGAUUGUUGAAUUAUUUUUGAUAACCAUUUUUGACUUAUGAAUUUGAGACGUCCGCUAAGAGUAAAUACUGAUUACUAUACGCACUUGAAGCAGUGCAAAAGACAAGAAAUUACUGGCUUCUUGUACUCAAGAAAGUUAGCUAAAAUUAGAGCCGUCAAAUGCUGUAAAUAAUUUAAAACAGUCACUGGUAAGUAAAUCUGUAUAAGAGGGUCAGGGUGGUUUUACUAAGCGAAAACGACUUAUAUUUCCCUUCCUUUUUAAAGUUAUUUCCUGGAAAUAAUGUUCUUUGUAACUCCUAGACAUCUUACAUGUGCAUUUUUAAGUAUUGUUUCUGCCGG